CUUCACUCAUUCUCAGAGCAUAAAUCGCAUUCUCUCAAAAUUCAAUUGUUAUCGUCUCUCAAAAUAGAAAUAUGACAGGCAAGAGAGGACCUAAUUGGCGUCCGAAUGAAGAUGAAAUCUUGUGCAGAGCUUGGGUGUCGAUAUCAAAAGAUGGAGCGGUUGGCACCAACCAGAAGUCUACAAGGUUGUGGGAAAGAGUGGCGGCAGAACAUAAAAAAUGGGAUCCUACUACAAUUCGUACUGCUAUUGCAAUGGAAUCCCGAAUGAGGAUUAUUUGCUAUCACUGCAAUGCUUGGAAGGGAGUUUUGCAAAGAGCACAAAGGCAUCAAUCGAGUGGCACGAACCAGUUUGAUGUGGUAUUCUUUUGGACCCUCAACUUGUGUAUUUUCUUAUUUUUAUAUGUGUCAAUAUAAACUUCUCUAACCCAUGUAUUACAUAUUUUAUUAGGAAAAGGAGGCAAGAGCAAUAUAUAAGCAAGAGAAUGGGAACAAGGCUUUUGAUUUUGAGCAUUGUUUCGACAUUCUCCGAAAUUGUCCAAAGUGGUACUCCAAUCCUGACCUGCUUGUUAGUCCCAUUCCACCUAUGGGGGCAAGGUUCCCAAAGUUCUCCCACAGGUUUUGGUUCUCAAUCAUCUCCCGUGGAAGGCCUUGAUGACUUACCAGAUGAAGGAGCUACGCCUUUCGUGUUGACUCGCCCUGAAGGACGCGACAAACAAAAGGCAGCAAAGAAGAAAGGUAAGGUAGUUGCUGAAUCGUCAGACAUAUACACUACUCAACUGCUAGAGUUUGGUAAUGAUAUGAGAGAGAGGCAAAAGUCGAGGAUGGAGUAUGAAAACAGAAAAAUGAAUGUUCAAGAGAGGAGACUAGAGCAGGAGAAAGAGGAAUGGACAUACAAGAGGCAAGUGAGGGAGCGUGAAGCGGAAAAGUGGGCUGUGGAGAAGAAAGAGAGGGAAGCUGCAAUACUUCAACAAAAUGUAGCUAUUCUAGAGAAGGAUUUGUCAAAGAUGACACCAAGAAAGAAGAGAUUUUGGAGGCGUAAACAAAAUGACAUUUAUGGGUACGAUCAAGAUGAUCCCAACUCUUAUCCAAGUGAUGGCGGAGAUGGAGAUGGCGAUGCAAGUGGUGGAGGAGAUGGCGAUGAAAGUGGUGGAGGAGAUGGCGAUUACUUUCCUGUCAUGGAUUAUUAAUUAGAAGAAGAUCCUAUUUGUACUCUAUUGUCUUUACAUCUUUAAUGUGUUGUGUGUUCUCUUUCAACUUUGUUAUUUUCAUGUUUCAUGUGUACUCUUUGAACUUUGAGCAAUUCCAUGUGUAAUAAAAACAAGUGUUAUUG